UCCAGAAAACGGACAUGACCCUCCGUCCUACACCCGACAGCUGCUGAGGAGCUCGGCUGGUAAAAACAGGCAUUGGCAUAAAGAUAAAUAUUUCCCUUUUCAUGGGACUAUAGUAUGGGAGCGCUAUGUUGUCCAGGAAAGGACUCAUUCCUGAGGAUUACUUGCUCACACGUUUGGCUGAGAAUGUCCAGCAGCCAAAGUUUAAAGCCAAACCAAGGAAAGCUCGAUUUGUCGCCAAGAAUGGCACCUGCAAUGUAGCGCACACCAACAUCCGAGAGCAGGGUCGAUUCUUGCAGGACGUCUUCACAACUCUGGUGGAUUUAAAAUGGCUCCACACGCUCAUCAUUUUCACCAUGUCCUUCCUGUGCAGCUGGCUCCUUUUCGGGAUGAUCUGGUGGCUCAUUGCCUUUGCGCACGGCGACUUGCACCAGACAGACGAAGAGUUUGUCCCGUGCGUAACGAACAUCCACUCCUUCUCCUCCGCUUUCCUCUUCUCCAUAGAGGUGCAGGUGACCAUCGGCUUUGGGGGCCGGAUGGUCACGGAGGAAUGCGUAUCUGCCAUCAUCGUCCUGAUCAUACAGAACAUCGUCGGGCUGCUCAUUAACGCCAUUAUGCUUGGCUGCAUCUUCAUGAAAACUGCGCAGGCCCAUCGGCGCGCAGAGACGCUCAUUUUCAGCAAGCACGCAGUCAUCUCCGUGCGGAACAACAAACUGUGCUUCAUGAUCCGCAUCGGGGACCUGAGGAAAAGCAUGAUCAUCAGCGCCACCGUACGGCUGCAGGUGGUCCGGAGCACCUCCACACAGGAGGGCGACGUGGUGCCUCUGGACCAGGUGGACAUCCACAUGGAUAACCCGGUGGGCACCAAUGGCAUCUUCCUGGUGUCCCCGCUAAUUAUCUGUCACGUGAUCGACAAGGACAGCCCUCUGUAUUCGAUGUCAGCUUUCGACCUGCAGCACGAGAACGUGGAGGUGGUGGCGGUGCUGGAGGGGGUGGUGGAGACCACGGGCAUCACCAUGCAGGCCAGGACAUCCUAUGUGUCGGAGGAGAUCCUGUGGGGGCAGCGCUUCGUGCCCACAGUCUCGGAGGAGGAUGGCAUGUACGCGGUGGACUACUCCAAGUUCGGGAACACGAUGAAGGUCCCGACUCCCUCCUGCAGCGCCAAGAAGCUGGACGAUGUGGGAGGCAUCGCGCGCUUUAAGCUGAACGAGGGCGUAACCUUGCGGGCGACCGUGAGAAGGCGGCGGGCCUCCGCGGCCUCCCGCAGGUCCCGGAUGGAAAUGUAAAGAUGUUUAAUUGACAAAUAUGAUUUUAUAAUUAAUAUAUGUUGCUCUUAUCGGUAAUCCACAUCACAGUUCUAUUAUGCAGUCAGAUAUACGCACAUCAACAAGCUUUUACUCGGGGUUAGUGUGACCAUGCACAUAGAUUGCACUGAGAAUAACAGGUUAUUUAUUUGUACCCGUAGGUAGAUUCUGUUUGCAGUUUCUUAUAAAAACAGGGGAGUUCUGGUACCCAGAAUGAAAAGAAAGUCCAGUUUGGAUGCGUUUGAUUUCUUUGUUUUAAUCAAAAGUGGCUGCAUGUAUUUAUAAGCAAUAAAUAAUAAUAAUUCUCAUUAAUAUGUGUGUUGUUUAUAAGGAGUCUUAAUCAUGAUUUGUAAAAAGGACAACGAUUCAUAUUUUUUUCAAGCAGAAAAUAACUUUAAAUUGGUAAAGAAAUCGAGACAAAGAUCUAUGCAAUACAUUUGUAUAAUGUCAUACAUCGUCACUGUCGAUAGAUAAACUUUCCUGUCUGAUUUAUUGUUUUAGUUCUACUCAGAGCAAAAAAGGAAUAUUUCCAACAGCAGAGGCUUAGAUUUUCUGACUUCUUCUCCCUAGUAGGAUUCAAAUCUUCAAAAACGCAAUCCUACAGUUCCCAUAAUGCAACCAUCUAUUCAUUUGACCCUCCCUUCCUGGUUGAUCUCCGUCCCUUUCAAAACAUACCCCAGCAGUCUGGGGUACAAAGCUCCUUCAGUAACAGAACAUAUUAGAAACUGUGUUUACAAACCGAGCAGCACUCCUCAUGACCUGUGAACUGUGAACUAAGUUGAGUUCCCUUUUAAAAAUAGCAGUGUUUAUGAGGCUGAGCACAAGACGCUCAUGUUUCCUUCGUCCUGAAUAAUUGACACACUGAUAAAAAAAGACACAGACACAAGAUGGCAUUUCUCUCUUUUAUUAGAUUAUAAUCCGCAGAGCUUAAAAUAUUAAAUUGCUUUUAACUUAGUUAAUAAUUAAAAUACAUAAAAAAGAGAGCCAAAACUGAAGAACCCUGCAAAAAAAAAUAAAAUAAAAAAUAAAUAAAAAAGGAGAAUUAUAAACCCAAUCCUCCUCCAUACAGAGGCUAUGUCUGAUAGAACCCGAAUGCGAUUCUUUGUACAGUAAAGUCCAAGCAGACUGUGCAUUUUCUAUACAUGUGUAAUGAUACCAUUAUUGUUAUUAUCUCUGAACUAAUCUUCCUCUGAUAAUCUUUUUUAAAAAGCAAAUUGUAAAAGGGGAGAGGUCAAACAAAGUGGAGAUUUGUGUUAUUUUGCACUGGGAGUACUGGUGACUGUUACACAGCAGAGCAGCUCCACACCAUCCACUCCCACCCCUCUGUCUGUCUCCAUCUCUGCCUCUGUGGGCCUGCAGACAUUACCUCAUGUCUUUGUCCUUUUGUGCUGCUGGAGCGGGUGGAGGUGGUGUUGUUUUUUGUGGGGGGGCUUCUGCUAUGCUGAACACCAGCAAACAGCUCUGACUCAGCCUCAGUCUGUCUGAAAGCAUCAGCUCUCUGAUCAGAUUAAAUAUCUAACAUACAAUCAUUAUUUUUGUCUUCUCCCUUGUCUGUGACCUUCUCUUUAUGUGUGCUGCCCUCUAGAGGUGGGCUCUGGGACAUGUUUGUUAGGGGCAAUGUGACUAUAGUUAAACACCAUCAACAUCUCUCAUGAAGGACUGAGCAGUCUGGUGGAAAAGGGACCGAGAA